UUCCCUGGUGGAAAGAGCGAUGGAAACUGGCAUCGCGCUUGGCGUGGUUCCUGUGGCGUCGCGUGCCAACGACCUUGACCUAGUACCUCUACCGAGAUGGACUGCGAGUAUAAGAAGGGCGCGAUCAGGAGUCAGAGACAGCACUUGUCUUCUGCUGCUACUCGAGAUGAAAUACUUCCUCCUCCUGACGUUGGUGGCGGUCGCCUCCGCCCAGUUCUUCAAUCGUAGACCUCAACAGGGCUUCAGGCAACGCCCAUCACAAGGAUUCAGGGGCGGUUCGGGUGGUCGUAACGCCGGCGGUGCUGACGGCAGCAACGGCGGAAGCGAAUACCACUACUCAUGGCUCCAUGACGGAGGCAGGAAGUACGUCCACGGACAAGCCGUCGGUUACUGCAACGCCCUCGGAGGUGGAUGGGGCCCUGUGGCCAUUGAAUCCGGCGGCGAGAACAGCUUCAUCAACGGAGUCAUCUCAUCCCACCGCCAAGAAUACAUCUGGACCGGAGGUGUCAAGCAGGGAGCUGGAUGGAGUUGGAUUAACGGAGGACCAUUCAGUGGACUCAACUGGUCUCACACUGGAGGUAACCGCGUGCCACAGCCCGACAACCGUGAGGGUAACGAAGCCUGCCUUGCCGUGCUCAACGACUUUUACCGCGACGGAAUCAAAUGGCACGACGUCGCCUGCCAUCACACCAAGCCCAUCAUCUGCGAACGCCGAGCCUAGACCAAACAUAUCUGGCCACUUCGGUUGCAACAUGAUGGCUUUUAAGUCUCCGCUUAUUGUCUCCUCUCAUCUUUACCAAUCUCCUUCCAAUUUUCUUCUUUCUUCGGUGAUUAUCCUCCUUUUUUCCCAAUCGCUAUUUAAGCUUCAGACUCAUUGGAAUUUUUUUGUGAUAUUCUACUUCAAUAAGCUUUUAAAGCCUCUCUAUAGAGUCUAUUUAUUUAAAUUAUGAAUUGUGAUAAAUGACUAUCUCAAUAAAAUUAUUUACAAAAUAUAUAUA